UGCGUAAGUGCACCGUUUCUCUGGUCGAGCCGACGAGUCGCUUCGAGCAGUUGCUUCGGCGAGGGCUUUGCCUUGAACCUUGCGAUCGGGUGAAUUCGUCGACCAGCUAUUGAACACAACGAAACGCCACCGUGUCGCUUAACAUUCGCUUUAAAUCACUCCUGCAUCUUGUACGCAAAACAUCGAUGGAGCACCCGAAUCAAGAGCCUACGAAGCAAAUGCAAGGCGAGUUCAUCGAAUGGAAGCCCUCCGAGCCGGGCGAGUGGCAGUUUUUAUUCUUCGAGGACCAGGAGCUCAAACUUUCUCUGGACUCAGAAGAGGAGGGACAGGAAGCGAUGCCAUACAGCAUGAAACAACCGCCCUAUCUGUUGAACGAUGUUUUGCGAUGCGCUUGCUGCCACCAGUGCCAAUUCCAGUGUUACGAGAACGAUCUGCUGCUGACCUGCCAGUCGCAUCCACGGUUGAUUUGCUGGAUGUGUGAAAAAGCGCCGGCCACACCGCCCAACACACUUCAAACGACGGCCGUGGACGACUUUACGGAUUCAGAUAACCUAACAGACACGAGCGAGCUUAUCGAAACGGACGACAACGGAGAAGAUUCACGGUUGAUAGAAGGGUAGUUUUUUUUAAAAUAAUUUUCAAGUUAUU